UUUGGGCAGUAAGUAAAGGUAGUCAUGAAUAAUUGGGCAUGUUUGAUUGAAUUGGUGGGAGCACUGUUUCAAGAGCCUGCCUCUGUUCCUAAAGACAGUGAGCUUUCAGAAAAAUUAGCAGCAAUGGCGACUGAUGCAAAAUCCAAACACAAAUUUCACAUUUGGGUGAUAGAAGAAAUGAAGAGAAGUUGCUUAUUGAGGUUGGCAGAUGAGUUUUGGAAGCAAUUGGAUGUUGAGGAAGUACCAGUCAUUGAACGUUUGCCAACUGCAGUCUCCUUCUUGCAUACUGUGCUGUUUGCAAGGAAAGCAAUUAUUGACAUUAUAGGAAAAUAUGUGCCAUCUUAUUGUCAUGAGUUGUGGGAGGAGAUUCUUCUGGUGAUGAAGGCUGUUGUGUUUGUUCACUCAUCACAAAGUGUUGAUGAUAUUGCUCUUGACUAUCUCACACAUUGGUUCAGAAUCUUUCAGUCAUUUAAUGUGACAGACAAACUUGAUGAGAAUGCUGUUGUCGGUGGGUUCAAUAAUGAAGCGGCAGAGAAACUGUUGGUGUCUUUUCAUGACUUCAUUGAGCAGCUGCAAAUGUUACAGCUUACUCAUUUUUUGUUGGGAAGACCUUUAGUUCGACUAGUAGAUAGAGAGGUAAAGAAAACGAUGGAGAGAAUGUGCACUGGUCAAUUUAACUCUCCACAGCUGGAUGGUGUCAUGCAGUGGGUGGACUCUGUGCUUUUUAAAUGGAUGACAGUCAUCAUUGAAGCAAUGUCAGACUCAUUUCCAAGUCAAAGCUUGUCUGUAUGGAAAGAGCGACUUAAUUUGCUGACUUUUCAUGUUUUUGGAUCAUUGAGAAUUGCUGAGUUGUUUGACAUUAUAGUCGACUUUCCUGAUUCUGAACCUGCUAUUACUGAUUUAAAGGAAUGUAUUAAUCAGACAGGCGAUAUAUAUCACUUGAUCCAGUCGUUGAAAGAGAGUUUUGAACUUCGUCUUCUUCAUCCCGGAGCCAAUACUCCUGACAUUCUCACUCAAUAUGUAUCAGCAAUCAAGGCAUUACGGCUAUUGGAUCCUACUGGUGUUAUGUUAGAGCAAGCCUGUCAGCCUGUCAAACAGUAUCUCAAACGUCGUGAAGACACAGUACGGUGCAUUGUUUCUAAUCUUACUGAUGACUCUGGCAAUGAGCUUUCUGAUGAGUUGCUGCACAGUGAUCCAAGACUGAUUGAAGAGAGUGAUGCUAGUGACUAUGAGGAUGCAGAGAAUUGGGUCCCUGAUCCAGUAGAUGCUGAUCCAGAGAAGACUGCCAAGAGCAGGAAGUCAUCUGAUAUCAUUAGUCUCUUGGUGAACAUUUAUGGUAGUAAGGAUCUCUUUGUUGCUGAAUACCAAUCUCUAUUGGCUGAUCGUCUUCUCACAUCUUUGAGUUAUGACAUUGACAAAGAGGCUCGGAACUUGGAGUUGUUGAAGCUCCGAUUUGGAGAGACAAGUUUGCAGUAUUGUGAGGUAAUGUUGAAGGAUGUUGCAGAUUCUCGUCGGAUAAAUACUCUCAUUCAUGAAAAAAUGAAGAUGGAUACUGAGCUGAAUGUUUUUGUUCUUUCUCACAUCUUUUGGCCUAUAUUGAAAGAUGAAAAUUUCAAAUUGCCAGCCGAAAUUAGCAGGAUGCUGGAGACAUACACAGAGGGCUUCGCUAGUUUAAAAGCAAAUCGUACACUAGAGUGGAAGGGAAAGCUUGGUAUAGUCGAUUUGACUGUUGAGCUGUCAGAUCGCACAGUAGAGUUAAGUGUUACUCCAGCGCAAGCUACUGUUCUUAUGGCUUUUCAAAAUCAAAGUUCUUGGUCUGUUGAUGCUCUCAGCAGAGAGGUUCAGAUGACACAGAGUCUUCUGGCAAAACGACUUGCAUUUUGGGUGGGUCAUGGUGUUCUAAGAGAAGAUAUGACCAGCACAUUCAGCAUAGUUGAGAAGCAGCAAGAUGGUUCAACACGCAUUGAACACAGAUAUGAUGAUAUGGAAGGUGAGAGUAAUGAAGGACUGGUUGAAGAUCAGCGGCGAGAAAAGCUACAGGUGUGUUGGUCAUUUAUAGUUGGUAUGCUCACUAAUCUUGGAUCUCUACCACUGGAAAGAAUUCAUAGCAUGUUGAAAAUGUUUGCUGUGCAAGGACCUUCCAGCGCUGGUAGUGAUUGUAGCUUGCAAGAACUAAAAUCUUUUCUAGACUUUAAGGUAAAGGAAGAGAAGUUGACUUUGGCAAGUGGUGUGUAUAGCCUUGCUAAGACUACAUAGCAUUUCUUCAGGUUUUCAUGUACACAAUGAAGAGUAGUAGCGUUUGUGUAGGCAGGUUCUAAAUGGUAAGUGUACAGGUGUACUGGUUUCAAUUAUUGAAAGCAGGUUAUUAGGAGUUUGGCAACAUAGUGAGACUUUCGUUGACUCUUCAAUCAACGUCUUUCUAGGGGAGAAAUCGACGCCAAAGUGUAUCUAUGGAAUGAGGCCACGCCCCUAAUUUGUUGCAGAGAAGGUUAUGGUGAUUUUCUGAUGUUUACAUGGUUCAAUGUUAAGCACGGAUUGACAUUUGUAAUUUGGUUAUGAUUUUCAAAGGCAUGUUUGCAC